AUGACGGGAGUGUUUGACUUAAUUCAUAAGUCCUGGAAGACAUUGCGAGCAGCCAUCAAAACUUUGCUCGACCUCAAUCGCACUUUCGAAGCUCUUGUCGCACGCGUCUAUCAAGGCUCGUCCUUGCCAUGUCGUGAUCCCACCGACUCAUACUGGCUUGAGGACCCGCCUUUCCCAGAACUUGUCAAUAUCCAUUCCGAAAAACUUCCCGAGAGAACCGAUGUGGUCAUUAUAGGAAGUGGCAUAACUGCUGCCGCCGUAGCACGUAGCUUACUUCAAGAAAGCGAGCGAAAAAAGCAAAACAUCACUCUCACCGUCCUAGAAGCCAGAGACAUCUGCAGCGGUGCCACCGGACGCAAUGGCGGCCAUAUCAAGGCUUCACCUCACGAAACUUUCGAAAGACUGGAAGCAGGAUUUGGAGCAGAAAGAGCGGUAGCACUCACCAGGUUCCAAUUGAACCACCUCGAAUACUUGACAGACUUUUGCAAGAACAAAGGCUUUACCCAAGCAGAGUGUCGCAAGGUCGAAACUGUGGAUCUGUUCUUCGACCAAAAGGCUUUCGAUAAAGCUUGUCAUACAAUAACAAAGCUAGAAUCACUUCUUCCAGAAUGGCAGGCCAUGAUAUAUCAAGCAGCGGAGGCGAGAGAAAAAUUCGCGGUCAGCGACCAAGUCGUUGGUGCGAGUUCAUACCAGGCAGGGGCUUUGUGGCCGUAUCGGUUUGUUACGGCUGUCUGGAACGGGCUUCUACAAGACUAUCCACAGCGAAUCACAAUCGAAACCAAUACGCCUGUCCUUUCGAUCGAUAAGGAAGGUCCUUCCGACUACGCUUAUAAUGUCUACACCGACAGAGGCGUCAUCAGUUGCAAACACGUCGUACACGCUACCAAUGCUUGGAUGGGUCACCUUCUGCCGAAACUCAACAAGAAAGCAACAGGCAUGAGAGCACACAUGUCUGCACAAAACCCUGGCCACCACAACUACGAAGGAUUCAAUGGUGAUCGCUCGUGGUCACUGGUCUAUGGUCCAGAUGACUUUGAUUACAUGACCCAAAGGCCGUUUUCAGAUGGCAUCGGUGACAUGAUGCUCGGCGGAGGAACCUUUCGCUCCAAGAAUAAUGGUCUUGAUCAGAUCGGUAUAUGGGAUGACAGUCGCACCGAUGUACUUACAUCGGCACAUCUAGCUGGCAUUCUACCUAUCGUGUUUUCUCGCGAGAAUCAACAAAGAGAGCCUGCAAGACAGGCCAAGUUCUUGCAACAGCACUGGUCCGGUAUUCUAUCGCUGACCGGAGACGCUCUCCCCUUUGUUGGAAAGCUGAACACUCGCGUCACUGGAAGAAGCUCUGCACAAAACUCUGGGAAAGACUCUAAUGACUCGGCUGAGUGGAUUUCUGCCGGCUAUAACGGUGAAGGUAUGGUGUAUGCCUGGCUUUGCGCUACCGCACUCGGCAUCAUGAUCAUGGGCUCUGAAGAUGUAGAUAUUCCCGCAGCGCCUGGUUUCCCUGGAGGAAGACUAUACGAGUGGUUUCCCACAGAGUUUCUGCUCGACGACAAACGCUUCAAUCGGAUCGAUGUGCUAGAUCUUGCCGACCAACUGUAA